AUGUCACUCAUAGUCCCCCCAUGGCUCAGGGCCAAAGUCCAGGCACUCUCUCUGUUCUUCUCAAAGGGAGUUACAGAUGCAAAGGAGGAUGAUCAAACCUUACAACCUUUUGCAAUAGCUAUAUAUACUGAACUCCAAGAAAGAGCAAAUAGUAAGACCUGGAGGAGAUUCCUGAAUCAACCAUGGACCACACCCACCUUCACAGAGCAACAGUGGCUUUUUAUAUGCCACCCACUGUUCCAUAUCAACCUCUUGCACCUACUAAAAGAUAAGAAACAUCAGCUCCUCAAUCUGGGAACAGAAAAGCACCAAUUAGCCCAAGUCCCUCCUAGUGCAGUUGAUAAAUCUUUUUGUCCUCUUACUCAUGGGGGUGGAUGGAGAAGUAUGGUGCAAAAAGCUAAUUCUGCCCUUGAAAAACACCAAGAACACCAGCCACAUGCAUCACACCAAUCCUCAGAUCCUUUCCUCCAAACUCUAGAUGAUCUGUUCAUGCUGUUUGAACAACGAGCAUAUUCCAAUGUUGCCAUCAACAUUAGCCUAGUGGUUGCUAAAGCACUAGGCCCCUGCAGACCAGACACACUUGUUAAUCUGGAGACAAAGUGGAUGAAAUUGAAGACUAGGAAGCUGAGGAGUCACAGACUGGAGACUCCGCUGAUGAUAUACCCCAAGAAAUGGAUGUCAUUAGGGACACAUGUUAAGAUCAUGUACACCAGAAAGCCAUGCCAAGGGCCAUUUGGUGUCUAA